AUGGACUACAGUGCAUUUAAAAUGAGUGACCGUCAACAAUUGUCAAUCUUGGUGAAAGUUUUGUCCAAGUUUGAUGAAGCGACGAGACGUUUGUCAUCAGAUUCGGAAAUGGCAUCUACCAUCAUGCCUACUUUGGAAAGUCUGCGCGAUUAUUUAGAAAAUGCGUACGAACAGCUUGACGAAAAGUAAGUUUUCUUAUUUUAAGAUUUAAUUUUAUUAGUAGAACUUUUUAAUAAAAACUUAAUAAAUUAAUUUAGGAGUGAAGAAUACCGUGAUGUUACAAGUUUUGUGCAGACACUAAAAAGUCAGCUUGAAGAAGGUUUACACAAAAUAACGGCUAAAGGGUUGCUACAUGCUUGUCAACUUGUGGAUUGUAGAUUUGUUCGCCAAUUAACACCAAAUUCUUUAAAAGACGCUGUGAAGUACAUCAAGAAAAAUUUUGGACCCCUGGAGUUCGAUAGUAAUCAUUUAAAUCAAGACCAAGCACGUCCAGAAGCGGGUUCAAACAGUCAAAUUGAAGGAUUUGAUUUUUUAGACGAUGAACUGCGUGUAACGUCGCCAAUUUGUGAAGAAGUUGUUAAAACAGACGAAAGGUUGAUUGUAAGUGGCACAUUAUUAAUUAUUACUAUUAAAAAAUUUAAAAGUUAUAUUGAUUUUUAAUAAUUAUUGAUCGUAGGACGAAGUAAACGAGAUGAAGGCAAUAAAGCUAAGGAACGUUAUUCCUGAAGAGUUUUGGAAGGACAACAAUGAUCGAUUCCCAAUUUUGUAUCAAGUGGCCAAAAAGGUGAUGUGUAUUCCACCAUCUUCUGUUCCUUCCGAACGUUUCUUCAGUCAUGCGACGAUGUUAUUCAACGACAAGCUGCGUAAUAGGCUGACGGAUGAGCGUGCGGAACAAAUAUUACUGUUGAGAUGUGAACUCAAUCGAAGGAACAAAGAAUUGAAUGAUUCUAGUUCAGAUGACGAAACUGAUGGGACUUAA